CGGAGCUAACAAUAAACAAAUUGUUCUCAUACAAAAGUGAUCGAUCUUCUGUAGUUUGAACCUCAAACAUUUUCCACACACUCCAACCAUGCUUCGAAUCUCGCGCUCAAUCAAGCAGACUCAGUCAUUGAUCUCACUGCAGACCUCAAGACCACUCUCCGUGUCCUCAAUAAGAAUGUCUGACAAAUCAUCUCUCGACGCCAAUAAGGGCUCUGUGGGCAAAGAAUUCACUCCUCAGGGAAAAGCAGGUGGUACCGCCCAAGAAAUCGGUGGUCCGUUUGACAAAGAAGGUGCUAUCGGCAAGCAAUUCACAACCGAGGGCUCGGUCGGAGGCACAGCUCAGUCGGCGGCUCAACAGAUGCAAGGCGAGAAGAAGCCUGUCUUUGACAAGGACGGGGCGGUUGGCAAACAAUUCAAGCCUGACGGAGCCAUUGGCAGCGUGGGCGAGAAAGUCGGAGGUCCUUUUGCAUCAGAUGGAGCGAUAGGGAAGCACUUCAACCCCGAUGGAACGGUUGGUGGCACAGUGCAAGAAAACUUGGGAUCCGGCAAGAAGUGAUCGAGUCACAAGAACGCGAUUCAGAGGCAGGAUGGAAGAUCAAAAUCAGUCGACAUAUGGAAUAGUCGAAGACUAGGCACGCGUUAGCCUAUAACAAUUGGUUGCUUCGAUCAAAUGUGCCUGUCGUGCUUUUCAGUCUUUUCCUGCAGCACCAGUCCGCCAGCAUGCCAAGUAUUUAC